UUGUUUCUCUCUCUUGAUGGAUGGGCAUGGGUCCAGGCUUCCUAUUCUUUUUCUCUCUCUAUCUCUCUCAUGGCCUCUGUGAAUUUUAGCCAGGAUUCACAUAACAUUUCUCUCCAUUGCUCCAUUCUUCCCCUUUCUCUCUUCCUCUUUAAAUCUCAUACAUUCCCAAUACCAAAGAUCCCAUCUUUUUCUUUUUUUCCCUUCCCAAUUGCGCCCCCUUUCUUCUCCUUCUUCUUAUGUAUUUUUCAAUACAAUUCCAACCUGAUGGUCUCCUCCUUGCCCCAAAGUUUUCGUCUUGGAAGGAUUCGUGAAGGAAAACCAGUCCGCAUCUUGUAGCUGGGGCUCUUUCUCUUGCGUGUUUGAACAGAAAGGUGGCUCCUUUUUCCAUUUGAUUUCCUUCCUAUUUGUUGACCCUGGGAAAACAAGGAAGAGAUCCGGAAUAUUGGUUAUUGGGGUAUGUUUGAAAAGUUUGUUUGAAGGCUGAGGUCCUCGUCACAGUUGGACUUCCUUGAUUCCCCUUGUUUUUGUCUUACAUUGCCAAUGAUCUUUUGAUUUUUGGUGUUGGUUUGGUUGGAUUUUAUAAAGUUUCUGGUUUGUGGAUCCAGUUUUUUUAGUUCAAUCUUUGUCAUCUUGGGCAUGUCCUGUUUUUGUUGUUGAUUUGUGAUUCUUGGGUUGGAGAGUUGGACUGGUAAAGCAUAAAGGUGGGAUCUUGGCGAGUUAAAAUUUUUUUUUUCCUUUUCUUUAGCAAGUUGGAUUGAAGACAAAGUUCUGGUUGGUGGAUUUAGAUCACAGCAUAAUCUUGUUGUUUGUUAAGGUAAAAAUCUUGUGCUCAUGCUUUUCAUGAUAUUGGUUUGAUUGGAUUGGAGAAGGCCCUUCAUUUGUGGUGUUCCAGUGAACAAUUUUCAUUAGUUUUUUGCAGAAGUUGGAUGUAUGGGACUUUUGCAUUGAAUUAUAAUUAGUCAGGAAUGAAAAUGAGAUUGUUCAAAUUGUCACCAUGGCUUGCUACUAUGGCGUUUACAGUAGCUGCCAUUAUCUUGGUAGUUCUCUUUAGAUACUCUCGUAAUGAUGGAAUUUGGGAUGUCGGGCAAGAGUUUGAAGCUGUGAGCACAGGCCUGCAAAAGGGUCCAGGCUAUCCUCCGGUUUUCGCUUAUUGGAUUUCAGGCACUGGUGGUGAGGUUCGAAAAGUUUUGAGGCUAUUGAAGGCGGUAUAUCACCCGAGGAACCACUACCUUUUGCAUCUUGAUGCAGGGUCCUCGGUUUCUGAGAGGACCGAAUUGGCACAGCUGGUUCAGUCUGAAAAGAUUUUUGUAUCUUUCAGGAAUGUUGAUGUUGUGGGCAAAACAUAUGUUGUUGAUCGAACAGGGCCAUCGGCAGUUGCUGCCACACUUCAUGGAGCUGCUGUUCUGCUCAGGAUCAAUAAAAACUGGGAUUGGCUUAUAACAUUAAGUUCCUCGGAUUAUCCACUUGUUUCUCAGGAUGACCUGCUUUAUGUGUUCUCCUCUUUACCAAGAGAUUUGAACUUCAUCGAUCACACAAGUGACCUUGGAUGGAAAGAGUAUGAGAGGUUUGAUAAAAUUAUUGUGGACCCUAGUCUUUAUCUGGACAGAAAUUCCCAUAGUUUUACUGCUACAGAGACAAGGUCAACUCCUGAAGCUUUCAAGAUUUUCACAGGUUCUCCAUGGAUGAUUCUCAGCCGACCUUUCUUGGAGCACUGUGUGCAUAGUUGGGAUAACCUUCCCAGGAAACUGCUAAUGUACUUCACGAAUGUCGCCUAUGCAAUGGAGUCGUAUUUCCAGACUGUCAUCUGCAACUCCCCUGAAUUUCAAAAUACGACCGUCAACAAUGACUUAAGGUACUUCAUCUGGGACAACCCUCCAAAGCUUGAUCCGCUCUUCCUCAAUCAAUCGAACUACAAGGAUAUGAUAAAGAGCCGAGCAGCCUUUGCGAGGCGGUUUGUGGAGGAUGAGCCGGUACUUCAGGUAGUUGAUCAGAAGAUACUGAAACGCCCCACGAACGGUGUGGCCCUUGGGAAGUGGUGUUCAGUAUUGAGCAAGGAACAGAAUGGGGAGAAUGCAGAUGAUCAAUGCUCGAGUUGGAGUGACAUCAAUGCUAUCAAGCAGAAGAAAGCGGGGAAGCGAUUAAAGAGCUUGGUUUUAGAGCUUGUUUCGGAUCAGAAGAUGCAUGAAAACCAAUGCAAGUGAAAGAGAUCGCCCCGUAAAGUUUUAGUGAUAUGGCCACGAGUUCAUCGCCGACGGUCAUUCGGUAUGUAGAAAAAAUUGAGUUAGGAAGGUAGCAAACACGAAAAAUAAAACCACCGCAAAUCGAUUUGGUCAUUCAGUCUUUUAGUUUAGUUUUCACAACACAGGAGGCCGAAUCGACAUCGGACACAUUGAUUCUUUAGCACUCUCUGUAUAUGUAAGAGUAGUAGGGUUUGAAGAUCAAACUGAUGGCUGUUGUUAGAAGAACACAAAUUUUAAACAUUGUUACCUUCACUGAA